UCACCUGCUCUCAGACAACCGGGGCGAGCGGCACCGGGAGGAAAGGGCAGCAGGAAGCCUCAGCACGGAGACCCCAGGUGGGGUGGGCUCUGCCUCGGGCUCCCCUCCAGAGGCUGGGGCACCGGGAUCGCAGGCUGUGCAGAGAGCAGAGGGAGCUUGGCUGCUGGAGAAUGGCAGCAGGAUUUAACUAGGAGGGCACGGAAAACUGGGAGAGAACACACGGGAGCAGAGGGAACUGCGGGAGACAAGAGCGGCUUCUCAGCACCGUUGCCCAGCCUGUGAAGCGACAUGAGUCACAAGGGAUCCCUCAGCAGCAACCCCAGCUCUUCCAACGGCAGCAUGGGCAAAGCUGACGGAGCCUCCAAGCUGAGCGCAAAGGACCUGUACGAACAAAGGAAAAAAUACUCCAAUUCCAACAUCAUUAUGCACGAGACUUCCCAGUACCACGUCCAGCACUUGGCCACCUUCAUCAUGGACAAGAGCGAGUCCAUCAUGACGGUGGACGACGCCAUCCGGAAACUCAUCCUGCUCAACUCCAAAGAGAAGAUCUGGACGCAGGAGAUGCUGCUGCAAGUGAAUGACAAGUCCAUCCGGCUGCUGGACUGCGAGACAAAGGAGGAGCUGGAGGACUUCCCUCUGCCGACAGUGCAGCACUGCCAGACGGUGCUCAACCAGAUGCGCUACUCCUCCAUCCUGCUCCUGGUGUGUCAGGAUUCAGAGCAGCACAAGCCCGACAUCCACUUCUUCAACUGUGAUGAGGUGGAGGCGGAGUUGGUUCACGAGGACAUAGAAAGUGCCCUGUCAGAUCACAAGCACGGGAAAAAGAUACGGCCACAGACACUCAAGGCAAACCAAGAAAAGAUCAAGCAGAGACAAUCCAUCCUCCCCCCGCCGCAAGGGCCGGCUCCCAUCCCGAUCCAGCAUGACAUGCGAGGCUCAGGGAUGAACAGGAACAGGGUGGCACCUCCUUCCCAACAUGAUCCAGAUUAUGAACGACGAAGCUCGAGCUCUCACGACCAUGAAGAGUCCCGGGCCAUGUUAGCACAGAAGAUUGAAAAGGAAACGCAAAUCCUGAACUGCACUCUGGAUGACAUCGAAGUGUUCGUGGCCCAGCUGCAGAAGGCAGCAGAGGCGUUCCGACAGCUCAACCAGAGGAAGAAAGGGAAGAAGAACAAGAAGAAAGGGCCAGCAGAGGGAAUGCUGACUCUCCGAGCGAGACCCCCGAGUGAGGCCGAGUUCAUCGACUGCUUCCAGAAAACCAAACUGGCUUUUAACCUCUUGGCCAAACUAAGGAAGCACAUCCAGAACCCCAGCGCUUCGGAGUUGGUACAUUUCCUAUUUGGACCACUGGAACUGAUCAUCAACAGUUGCGGUGGCCCCGAGCUUGCCCGCUCUGUCGUCAGCCCACUUCUCUCUAAGGACGCCACAGAUUUCCUCAGAGGACACCUGACACCCAAAGAGAUCAACCUCUGGGAUUCCCUGGGGGAGACAUGGACCAGAUCCAGAGCCGAGUGGCCCCGAGACGCAAACAUCCCCACCUACAUCCCCAAAUUCCGCAACGGCUGGGAACCACCCACAGAAAUCUUCCGUGGAGCUCCCUGGGAAAUAGACAUCGGCCACCUGCAGGAGGAGCUGUCCUCAGCCAAUGGAUAUCCCUACCGGAACUCCUCGCUCAAGCGCGGCCAGGCGGCUGACCCGACACAAGCCGUGGAUGCCUUCAAACAGAACGUCCCUCAGCACGGGAACAGGACCUUUGAGGCCCAGGGAAUGGCCCUGCCCAAGAGAUAUGCCAAAAUCCGCUAUGACUUCACAGCGCGGAACGCCAACGAGCUGUCCGUGCUGAAGGAUGAGAUCCUGGAGGUGCUGGAAGAUAACAAGCAGUGGUGGAAGUUGCUCAACCGGAGCGGGCAGGCCGGUUAUGUCCCGUAUAAUAUCCUGGAUGUGGUGAAGCUGGAAGAGGUGGAACAGUCUAACCAGAGGUACAAAGGAGAUCUGAGCCCCAGGGGCUAUGGACCGUCCAGCCCAACUCACAAGCUGCCUGCGAGCUACGCCGGGGACAAGUGGGGCAGUGAGAUGUUAUCGCGCAACUCUCCCCAGGACGCCAAAGAACAACUUAUUCACCAAAUGGAUGAGCUGAACGAUGAGCUGCUAAAGAUGAUCACAAACAAUAAAAUUCAGCCUCCCCACAGGAAUUUCAAAGUGGAAAAGCCUCAGGAAGUUUUUGUGCCCCUCACCUUCGAAUCCAGCACCGAAGAAGUCAAAGCUUGGCUGGAGGCAAAGUCAUUCAGCAAAGAGACAGUGGAACACCUCGGCAUCCUCACUGGAGCUCAGCUCUUCUCCCUCAACAGAGAGGAGCUGAAGAAGGUGUGUGGUGAUGAGGGAAACAGAGUAUACAGCAAGAUCACGGUGGAGAAAAACCUACUGGAGAAAAGCAGAGGGGAGUCAGAGCUCCAAGAAAUCAUGAAGCGCCGCCAGGAAAGGAUCGAUUCUGCUAAUUAAAGCCUGUCUGCUUUAUUUCAGCUCUUAGUUCUAGUAGUGCAGAGAAAAAGGGAAUGAAAGCAAUGAUCCCCGGGCCAGGCAGGAGACAGCAGUGCUGCACUUUGGCUCUGGCUGCCAGCAGAGUGACAAUUCCUCCAACACUGUUGCUAAGGGUCGACAAUAAGACCACGUCCCUCUGGGAAAGGUGUUUUAAUAUUGCAUGAAGUAUUUUUUUUAUAACUAUGUAUUUUAUACUGAAAUUUUACGUGCAUGCAGUCAGAGCGGGAUUCACACGGGUCUGGAUGAAUGACAAGGGCUGGAUUCAAGCAAAAAAAGACCCCACAAAGCUUUUGCCCGAGGGCUGUCCCUGUUCCCACCCCCUCUCCAGCAUGGCUCAGGAAGAGCAGGCACGGAACAGCACUGACUGGUUAAAGUCUGGACCACGGUAAUAAGGCUCUGGAAUGGUUUAGGUUGGAAAGGACCUUAAAGCUCAUCCUGUUCCAACCCCUGCCAUGGGCAGGGACACCUCCCACUAGACCAGGUUGUUCUAAGUCCCAUCUAACCUGGCCCUGAACACUUCCAGGAACAGGGAGUCACCACCUCUCUGGGCAUCCUAAGCAAACGUUUUCUCAUUCCCUCCUCAGAGCAGAUAUUCCCCUGCACAGGGCCUGUGACAAUUCUCUCUUUCCUGGCUCCCCCUGCCACUUCCCUCCAUGCCUCCUGUUUGGACAAGGCUGGAAUGGCAACACACAUUCCCAAAGACUGUCUGCUUCCUUAAAUCCAUGGACCAGUUAGUGCUGCCUUUGAACAGCAGAACUGAGUUUUCACUGCCUAAAAACGAGCAGGAGUGACAAAGGAAGUGAUCUGAAUAUGGAAAUGGGUGCGUUCCCCAUGCCCACUCCUGCUUAGGCAGAGCCUGGGGCUCAGGGCAGCUGUGCAGCCCUUUCCAGUGACACUGAUCCUAAUUUAGAAUGUUGUGGUGUUGCCAAACCCCGCCUCAAACCAGGAGAAGAUAAGCCCUGACCAUUUGCUCCCAACCCAGUUACACCCACAGCCCUUCCCAGGGUGUUGGUCACCCGUCCCCACCUUCACCAUUGCUUUGCAAAGGCUCAGCUGAAACACCUCCUAAACCUCUAAAACCCAAAGGCACACUGGGAAAGGCUAGUUUAGCACAAAAUAAAUGGCCAACAAAAAAAAAAAAAAAAAAAGUAAUUUGGCACAGGGUGUUUUUCUUUAUCAUAUUAUGUGCAUAUGUAUAUAAAAAUCUAUAAACAGGGGUGAAGUGAAACAGGAUGAAGUGAUUAUGCAUCAAAAAUUUACUCAAAAUUGUAAAACUCCAGCAAGUACAGAGUAGUUCCUGUCCACAGUAGGUUUGGCACAUUGUAUUUCUGUCUCUGUUUAAUUUAUAGACUUUGAGUGCAAAGCAGUAAAGCAAACAGCUUCAAACUGCUCACAGCGCAGGGAGAGUUGGGUUUUCUCCUUCACACACUUACCUUUGGCUGGGUGGGAUUCACGUCCAGGUUCCACACCUGUGCUUGCCUGGACCUGCUGGGAAUGGUCCCACCUCCUUUAAAAUGCUUGUCCUUGCACAUUUAAUGGAAAAAGCUUUAAAACAGUGUCUGGGGAACUUGUGUCUAAAUCUGGGAGCACCAACACACCUCAAUUUUGUCUUUGUUCUUCAAAUAAUAUCUCUAAUGGAUGAUACAUUUUCUUUAUUUGAAACAAGGACUGGAGUGCAGGCAGGGAACUUGCAGGGCAGGAUCAUCUUUUCAGUCCCAACCCUGCUGGAAUCUGUGAAGGGCACUUACCUUGUCAGGGAGGGAUGAAGAGGACAAUCCUCCUGAGAAGCCCUGGCUCUGGAGUAGGGUGGAGAUGGGAAGCGGGAUGGCAAGCACAGGAGGCGAAGCAAUUCCUAAAUUGAAAAUAAAACCAAGUGUUGAGCUAAGAAACACACCCCCUUCCUUUGGGUGUAGAGGAAAACGAGUCCCACGGAGUUAUAGUUAUUAGGGAUUGUAAUGGGACAGUUCUGCAAAGCUGGGAGCCAUGGGAGCACUUCCUAAAGUAAAAUCUCGGCAGACCUUACUGCAGGACUCACUUUUAUAAAUUUUCAUGUGACUGAGCUGUGCAUCUGUUCUACUUGUACUGCCUACAGACAACGCUAUAAAGUCCUGUACAUUGAUGUAACCGAAGGAAGGAGACAAUGAUAUAACCAUGCACUGUAUAAGAUUUAUUAAAAUAGUUAAGUUAUACUUAUAA